AUGGCUCUCUCUUGUGCUGCUGCUGCACGAACUGGAAGAAUGGUCAUCGGGUCUUCCUCUGCCUCUGCCUCUUCUUCCUCUUCUUCUUCGAUGGGUGGUUUUAAACAACAACAACAACAACUUCAAAAUCAAAAACAAACGAUGAUGUUACGAACGAUAAACACGAAGUUUAAGAGAACAACAGCAUUAGCAAAGAACAGUAGCAGAUAUAAUAAUAAUAAUAGAAUAAGCAAAACCACUUUAACGAUGGCGGCGGCGAGUAGUAAUAGCAAUCAAAUGAAAUAUUCCGCCGAGAAUGAUGGCUUACCCAGAGACGCUAAGAUUGGCAUCUUGGGAGGAGGACAACUCGGACGAAUGCUCGCCAUCGCCGGCGCACCGAUGGGGGUUCGAUUAAACGUUCUCGACCCUACGGAACCUUCCUGUCCAGCCUCGAUUGCCGCGGAACAAACGAUUGGGUCUUUUCGAGAUAAAGCUGCGGUGUUGGAAUUUGCGAAAGAUUGUGAUGUUGUUACUGUUGAGAUUGAACACAUCGACUGCGACGCGCUCGACGAGUUGGUCAAAAACGGCAUCGACGUGCAGCCGACGCCAAAGACGUUAAGAACUAUUCAGGAUAAAUACGCGCAAAAGGUACAUUUUCGAGACAACAACGUGAAGAUUGGACCGUUUAUGGACGUUCCGGACGAAGCGCAAUUGCAAAACGCAGUCAACGCGUUUGGGUUUCCGUUGAUGUUGAAGAGUAAAAGGUUAGCGUACGACGGGAGAGGCAAUGCGGUGGCGAAAACAGCGAGCGAUUUAGAUAACGCAGUGAAAUCUCUCGGUGGGUUUGAUACUGGCUUAUACGCAGAGAAGUGGGUGCCUUUUGAAAGAGAGUUGGCGGUGAUGGUGGCGAGGUCGAAAUCCGGCGAAGUCGUCGCGUAUCCAGUCGUGGAAACCGUGCACGAAGACAACAUUUGCGAUACAACCUUCGCGCCGGCGAUGAUUUCCAACAGAAUGGCUGAAAAAGCGCAAGCCGUCGCGAAAUCUGCUAUUGCCUCGUUCGAAGGCGCCGGGAUUUUUGGCGUCGAGCUGUUUUUGCUCGAGGAUGGCGAGACCGUCCUGUUGAAUGAGUGCGCGCCGAGACCGCACAACUCUGGACAUUACACCAUCGAAGCGUGUAACUGCUCGCAAUACGAGAUGCACUUGAGAGCUAUUUGUGGGUGGCCGUUAGGUGACCCGCAAUUGAAAGUUGGUGGUAGCGUUAUGAAAAACAUCUUAGGCGAUGGCGACGGCGAAAAAGCCAUGACGAAAUGCCACAGAAUAAUGGGUAAAGCGUUGACCGUCCCGGGCGCGAGCGUGCAUUGGUACGAAAAACCAGAGGUGAAAAAAGCGAGAAAAGUCGGUCACAUAACAACCGUCGGUGCGUCUUUGAACGAAGCGAAAGAGCGCAUGUCAGAAAUUACCGGGGAUGAUUACAACGUCCAACCGUCGAUUGGGAUCAUCAUGGGUUCUGAUUCCGAUUUACCAACCAUGGCGGCUGCCGCGGACGUGCUCAAAGAUUUUGGCAUCAAGUGCGAAGUGACGGUCAUUUCCGCGCACAGAACACCCCAAGAGAUGUUUGAUUACUCCAAAAAGGCGCACACGCGAGGUAUUCGAGCCAUCAUCGCCGGUGCCGGAGGGGCUGCGCACCUUCCCGGUAUGGUUGCCGCGAUGACGCCUUUACCGGUUAUCGGUGUCCCGGUGCCUCUGAAAUAUCUAGACGGCAUGGACUCUUUGCUUUCCAUCGUGCAAAUGCCAAAAGGUGUUCCGACUGCCACGGUAGCCAUAGGCAACGCCGCGAACGCGGGUUUAUUAGCGGCUAGAAUUGUCGGCGCGUACGAGCCGGAAGUGUUGAAAAAGAUGGAAGAGUACCAGGACAACAUGACGGAAGUGGUGUUGGGUAAAGCGGACAAGUUGAUGACAAACGGCUACGAGAAGUAUUUGAAAGAGAUGUGA